GUACGUUGUCAGUGUACUCGUUUGUUCUCUCGUUGCAUCAUUCCGCCGCUGAGGAGAAUAAUAUUGCUUCACCCUUUUGUGUCCACGAAAUAAAACGAAAUAAAGCUCCAGGAUGUGUGGUAUUUGGGCCUUGUUUGGCAGUGAUGAGUGCCUGUCGGUUCAGUGCACCAACGCUAUGAAGAUCGCCCACCGGGGCCCAGACGCUUUUCGUUUUGAGAAUGUCAACGGCUUCACAAACUGUUGCUUCGGCUUCCAUCGCCUGGCUAUCGUAGACCAGCUGUAUGGCAUGCAACCCAUCCGCAUCAAGAAGUUCCCCUACCUGUGGCUCGUCUACAACGGGGAGAUCUACAACCACGACACGCUGAAGAAGCAGUUUGAGUUUACUGACUACCAGACCAAAGUAGACGGUGAGAUCCUGCUUCACCUGUACGAGCGGUUCGGCAUUCAGAAGAUGGCGUCCCUAUUGGACGGAGUGUUCGCCUUCAUCCUCCUGGACACAGCCAAUAGGAAAGUGUUCCUGGGGAGGGAUACGUAUGGCGUGCGGCCCAUGUUCAAACUACUGACCGACAACGGCUUCCUGGCUGUGAGCUCUGAGGCUAAAGGUCUGACUGAUAUCACCCACUCCAUGUCUUCUCCUCCUAAGAUCACUCCGUUCCUCCCGGGGCACUUUGAGGUGUUUGACCUGAAGCCCACUGGGAAGGUAGAGUCUAUUCAGAUGGACCGCUUCCACUACUGCACCCAGGAGCCCAGCCACGCUGUCUAUGACACGGUAGAAAUGCUACCCUCCGGUUUUGUCCCAGAGACAGUGAAGAGCAACAUCCGGUCUUUGUUUGAGAACGCUGUCCGGAAACGACUUAUGGCCCACAGGAGGAUCGGCUGUCUUCUCUCAGGUGGUCUGGACUCCAGUCUGGUGGCAGCUAUGCUGGUCAAACUGGCCAAAGAGGAGAAGUUGAAGUACCCCAUCCAGACCUUCGCUAUCGGGGCUGAAGACAGCCCAGACAUCCUGGCUGCUCGCAUGGUGGCGUCGUACAUCGGCAGUGAGCACCACGAGGUCAACUUCACCCCUGAGGAAGGUUUCAAAGCCGUGGAGGAGGUCAUCUUUCACCUGGAGACCUAUGACAUCACCACCAUACGCGCCUCUGUCGGCAUGUACCUAGUGUCAAAGUACAUCCGUGAGAAGACUGACAGCGUGGUGAUCUUCUCUGGGGAAGGCUCUGAUGAGCUGACACAGGGGUACAUCUACUUCCAUAAGGCUCCCACGCCCAAGGCAGCAGCAGAGGAGAGUGUUCGUCUGAUGAAGGAGCUCUACCUCUUUGACGUCCUGAGAGCCGACCGUACAACUGCUGCACACGGUCUGGAGCUGAGAGUGCCUUUCCUGGACCACAGGUUCACAGCGUACUACCUUUCCCUGCCUGAGGAGAUGAGGCAACCUAAGGAUGGAGUGGAGAAGCACCUCCUCAGAGACUCAUUUAAAGGUCUGAACCUGAUCCCAGACGAGAUCCUAUGGAGACGCAAAGAGGCCUUCAGCGACGGAAUGACUUCUGUCAAGAAGUCCUGGUACAACAGCCUGCAGGACCAAAUGGAGUCUGAGGUGAACGACUACGAUCUGGAGAAAGCUCCUAAGACAUUCCCGUUCCUCCCUCCCAGAACCAAAGAGGCGUACUUCUACCGCCAGGUGUUUGAGAAGCAUUACCCGGGCCAGGCUAAGUGGCUCAGCCACUACUGGAUGCCCCGCUGGAUCAAUGCCUCCGACCCCUCAGCCAGAACCCUCUCCAUCUACAAGCCUGACAAAGACCAGUGAUACAGCAACAACAGUGGCUCUUUUCCAAUACCCUCACUAGCGUAGCACUUAUACUGCAUGAAUGCUCAAUAGACUACUUCAGUGGUAUGCUAGUAUGGAUAUUGGAACGUAGACCUUGUCAGCUGUCAAUCACCUUUGUCACCAUUACUACACCUCCCCUUCACAACAUACCUAUCUAGAAUUUGUCUCAUGCUAGAGUUGUGACGAUUGUGGGAUUUUAGGGUAACAAAUUGUAAUUUUUGUUGAAAAAUGUUUUGACCUUGUAAUGCAUCAUAAUGCAUCUUUAGCUACUACAUACCUAAUGAAAACAACACUACUUUGGUGACACCCCUGUCUUAAACUAAUGGAGUUGAUCACUUGGAACUUUGGAAAUGAAGCUUCUCCUACCGACCGUGCUGCUUGCAAAAUGCUAUCUGAUAAACUAUGUCUACUUGAAUAUAAAGUUGAAUCCCCUCGUCUCCUAAAAUAAAUGCAGUAAGACUAUGAUGGAAAUUAUGAUUAUUUUUUCACAGUUAUUGUCAGUUAGAUGAUUAUACGAUAAUUGUGCCAGCCCUAUGCAGGAAUCAUCUAGUUCUUGGGAUCAGUGUGAAUUACAGUUACAGGGUCAGUUCUGAUUUGGGGAAACUUGUUUCAGUAGGAAUAGUCAAUAAUAUUAGAAGACUGGGAUGAUGCUUAGUUAAAUAAACAAUGCUGCCGUUUAUCUCACUGGGAUUCGGUAGCACUACUACUGAAAUGCUUUCAUACAUUAUAGUACCAUACCUAGAUAUGAUUACGUAAUACAUAGAUGUAAUUGACAUAUUUUAACAGCUUCAGACAUAAGCCAAACCUUAACACAAUUCUUAACAGUUCCUAAUGAGUUCUGUUGGCAAAAUAGGCCUUUUCCUCUCAUUCACAUUGUUAUGAAGUUGGAUGCAUAUAACAGGUAAUGUAAAGAUGUUUUUUUUAAUAUAGCCUCUUACACAGAAGUUAGAUAUAACAGGAAGGAGGCAGCCUUUAAAAUAAAGGACAUUUUUCUUUCC